AAAAAUGUAUUUUUUUAAUAAUAUGUAACCUUAGAAAGAAGGGACAGUAAAUAAUGUAUGUACCAGAUUUAUGUCGACUGGAGAUUUGUGUCAUUGGAAAAUAUUUAGUUUUUCUAUAUUUUAAUUACGCAAUUACAUGUCCUGAUGAGACUUUAGAGAUUGUGAAACACAAUAUUUUGUAUUCGACCUCCAGUAGGGGUUGGCCUACCCAAAUGUGCUGCUCUCCCCUGGGGGGGUGGCCCACGUAAGAGGCUCGAGUCAGACUGACUUGGCUGAUUACAACAGCCACUGUCAGAUCAACGCCUGGCUGUUAGACAUUCCUCUGCAGCACACGCUCAGUUACGUGACCGAUCCUGUGGAGGAGCGCAUUUUGGAAACUUUACGGAGAGGGAGCGAUGGCAACGAACGGGGAAACUUGCGCAUACACAGCUGCUGCUGCUGCUGCUCCUCAAGGAUACCCACAGAAACCCAAAGACGCGGGGGGACGGGGACACUGGGGAUCCAAAGCGGAGUUCAUCCUCACCGUGAUGGGCGCCAUCAUCGGACCUGGGAAUAUCUGGAGGUUUCCCUACCUGUGCUACAGAAACGGCGGAGGCGUCUUCUUCAUUCCGUACAUCUUGUUCAUGUUAACAUGCGGAAUCCCGCUUUUCUUCCUUGAGACUGCCAUAGGGCAGUACACCAGCCAAGGGGGGAUCACUUGCUGGAAAAAGAUUUGUCCGCUUUUUCAAGGCAUGGGCUUUGCCAGUCACCUCAUCAUCAUAUUCAGUGCGACCUCUUACAUCAUCAUCAUUGCGUGGGCGUUCUUGUACUUGUUCUUGUCCUUCAGUGAGGAGUUGCCCUGGGCCACGUGCGGACACUACUGGAACACAGACUCAUGCUUGGUCCUCAACCGCUCAAAUCUGAGCCUCGGCGAGGGGACCAGAGUAAACACCACUCUUCCUGUCGUGGAGUUCUGGCACCACCGGGUUUUGAAAAUCUCUAGUGGUAUCGAGGAUGUGGGCAGCUUGAGGUGGGAACUGGUCUUGUGUCUCAUCCUUACCUGGGUCAUCUGCUACUUCUGCGUUUGGAAGGGCAUCAAAUCCACGGGGAAGGCGGCCUACUUCACAGCCACCUUCCCCUUUGUGAUACUGUUUAUUCUGCUGGUGCGUGGUGUCACCCUACCAGGGGCAAUGGAUGGAAUCAUUUACUACCUCUACCCUGAUGUCAGUCGUCUCUCAGAUCCCCAGGUUUGGAUGGACGCUGGUACUCAGAUCCUAUUUUCCUAUGCCAUUGGUUUUGGGUUCUUGACCUCUCUUGGGAGUUACAACACUUACAACAAUAACUGUUACAGGGACUGUUUCUACCUGUGUCUGCUGAACAGUGCCACCAGCAUUGUGGCAGGCUUUGCCAUUUUCUCUGUUUUAGGUUUUAUGACGUAUGAACAAGGAGUGGAUAUAUCUCAGGUGGCAGAAUCUGGCCCGGGGCUGGCCUUCAUUGUCUACCCACGUGCAGUAGCCAUGAUGCCCAUGCCUCAGGUGUGGUCAGUGUGUUUCUUCAGCAUGAUUAUUUUGCUCGGACUGGAUAGUCAGUUUGUCAGUCUGGAGUGUUUGAUGACGUCACUAGUUGAUCUGUUCCCAGCUUACCUGCGCCAGGGCUGUAGACGUGAGCUGCUCCUGCUGGCCUUCUGCUGCACCUGCUGUUUGCUGGGAUUCUCGAUGGUAACGGAGGGAGGGAUUUACCUGCUCCAACUGUUGGAUCACCAUGUCUGCAGCGGCACCACACUCAUCCUCCUCUCUUUUUGUCAGUCUGUCAGCAUCGGAUGGGUCUACGGCGCUGACCAUUUCUACGGCAACAUCGCAGACAUGAUCGGUUAUCGUCCAAACCCAUUAAUGAAAUACUGCUGGUGCUACAUUACUCCCCUCAUCUGUGCGGGCACCUUUAUCUUCUCUAUCGUCAAAUACUCCCCACUGAAGUUCAGUAACACUUACGUUUAUCCACUGUGGGCCAACAUCUUGGGCUGGUUCAUCGCCACCAUCUCCCUCUCCCUCAUCCCGCUGUUUGUGUUCUGUAAAGUAAUACAGGGGAAAGGCACUCUUCGACAGCGUUUCUUGUUGCUCUGCCAGCCUGCGGAUGACCUCCCCUCGAAUCCAAAACGCCCUCCUGCACGGGUAACCAACGGCACUGCCGCUGCCUACACAGAGCUCAAACCUUUAUCCAACACCGGGGAACUCAGUGAGCACAGACAUGUUGUUUAGG